AUGGGAGAAGGUGGAGAAAGAGGUGUAAUGGAAUAUGGCGGCGGUGGAUGUGAAGGUGGAGUUUGGUGGCGACGUGGUGGUGGUGGUGGAAGUGUAAUGAAAGGGUUGGGUGGAGAUGGAUGUGGUGGUGGCAACUCCAUUUCGGAUCGGGUUGUAGUCGUAGGCACGAUGAAACAACUUAAAAUGGAAAAAAGAGUGAAACCAAGAGUGAAAGAGUGGAAGGAAAGAGGAGGAGGAGGAGGUGUAAUGGGAGACGGUGGAGAAGGAAGUGUUAUGGAAUAUGGCGGCGGUGGAGGUGAAGGUGGAGUUUGGUGGCAACGUGGUGGUAGUGGUGAAAGUGUAAUGAAAGGGUUGGGUGGAAAUGGUUGUGGUAGUGACACCUCCAUUUCGGAUUGGGUUGUAGUUGUAGGCACGAUGAAACAACUUAAAUGGAAAUAA